AAAAAGCUGCCCUUAUUUAGCCAAAGAAGGUGACAUACACUGAUACACACUCAGAGCGCACUUACUUACGCUGCGAGAAAAACCCUCAAAUUUUUGUCAUGGUGUUCUCUGCUACUCUCUCUUCAACCUUCACUUUAGCGUCACCACUCCGCCGCUACUCCUCCGGUUCCCUUUCCACAACUCGAUCCUCCACAUUCCCUCAUCGCAAAUUCAUCAAAACCCGAAUGCAAGCCCAAACCAACACUGAUAAUGCAAAACCCAAAGAAGCCAAACUCUGGGGUGGAAGAUUCGAAGAAGGCGUCACCGACGCCGUCGAACGAUUCACCGAAUCCGUCUCUUACGAUAAACAGUUAUACAAACAUGACAUUACUGGAAGCAUAGCACAUGCAUCCAUGCUCGCUCAUCAAGGUUUGAUUACGACUAGCGAUAGGGAUUCGAUUAUCGAUGGAUUGAGAGAAAUUGAGAAAAGGAUUGAGAAUGGUGAGUUUAAUUGGAGAGCUGAUAGAGAGGAUGUUCAUAUGAAUAUUGAAGCUUCACUUACUGAUUUGAUUGGUGAACCUGCUAAGAAGUUGCAUACUUCGCGUAGUAGAAAUGAUCAAGUUGUUACUGAUUUAAGACUUUGGUGUCGCGAUGCUAUUGAUAAGAUUGUUGGGAGUAUUAAGCAACUUCAAGUUUCGUUACUUAAGUUGGCUUUGAAGAAUCAGGGUCUUAUUGUUCCUGGUUAUACUCAUUUGCAGCGCGCGCAGCCGGUUUUAUUGCAGCACCUUAUACUUGCCUAUGUUGAAGAGAUUGAGCGUGAUGCUGGUCGUUUAAUAGAUUGUAGAGCUAGGCUGAAUUUUUGCCCUCUAGGGGCUUGUGCAUUGGCCGGUACAGGGCUUCCCAUUGAUCGAUUCAUGACAUCAGAUGCAUUGGGAUUUACAGCUCCGAUGAGGAAUAGUAUCGAUGCAGUUUCUGACCGAGAUUUUCUACUGGAGUUUCUCUCUGCGAAUGCCAUCACAGCAGUGCACCUUUCUCGACUUGGUGAAGAAUGGGUGUUGUGGGCUUCAGAGGAAUUUGGAUUUAUCACCCCAAGCGACUCUGUUUCAACGGGAAGCAGUAUAAUGCCCCAGAAAAAGAAUCCUGAUCCAAUGGAACUUGUUCGUGGUAAAUCUGCCAGAAUAAUAGGGGGUUUGGUCUCUCUUCUCACAUUGUGCAAAGGACUUCCACAUGCUUACAAUCGCGAUUUGCAGGAAGACAAAGAACCAGUGUUCGACAGUGUUAGAACUAUUUUGGGGAUGCUUGAGGUCUCAUCAGAGUUUGCAAUGAACAUUACUUUCAAUCGGGAAAGAAUACAAAGGGCUUUACCUGCUGGUUAUCUUGAUGCAACAACACUUGCUGAUUAUCUUGUUAAGAAGGGAGUGCCGUUUAGAACAUCUCAUGAUAUAGCUGGAAAGUCUGUUGCCUUGUGUACGUCGAAGAACUGCCAACUGCUGGACUUGAGUCUUGAUGAGCUGAGAAGUAUUAAUCCAGUCUUUGAGAAGGAUGUGUAUGAAUUUCUUGGGGUUGAAAAUGCGAUCCAGAAAUUUAUUUCUUAUGGUUCGACCGGAUCUGCUUGUGUUGCCGACCAACUUGAUUAUUGGAUAAAAAAGCUUGAAAUUAAGUGAAGAUUAUUGUAGCUGUCACUAGGGAUCAGUUUCUCAAGACUUGGAAUAAUAAACUUGUGCUUACCAUAGAUCCUUCUGCAUAUUUGAAUAGGACGAGGUUAGUGAAUAUUUGUCACUGUAUGAAGUUUAGUCAGGGUUAUCAAUCCAAAAAUUAUUCAGGGUUACUGAAUGGGUAGUUUCAGAAUCUCAAGAAGCUUGCAUGCCAUGAAGUCACCAGCUUCUUGCAUCAUGAGCUGCUGGACAAUGACGAUAAUUUCAUCAUGCAGUAAGAAUUUAUGUAGCUUUUAAUGAAACAAAGUACUGUUUGGUGGCGAAAUGUUCAAUGAAAAAACUUAAAUAGCAUUAAUUAAUAUGGUAGUUAUCAACACAUUUUUCAUUUUCUUUGAUAUAAAGGAGGCCCUUAGACCAGCCUGCAUUUUAAGAGUGUAUUACAAUGAAGGAAUCUUUUGAGAUAAUGUAAUGUUUCGAGGGAAUUCAAUUUUUUUUUUUUU